AUGUCUGGUGUAGAGGACGUCGAGGCUUCGCAACGAAGGCACAAAGCACCGUACACACCGCACCACCCUGUGCCGACCGUUCAAGGCUACCGCGAAGAGAAGCAGCAGCGCGAGGAGCAGUAUGCUCACCCAGAUGGUGAAGGACAAGAUGAUCGCAGCAAGACCAACCGACUCACAGACGCGUACACCGCACUACGACACGGCAAGGAAGCCGUGAAUCCGAACGAGGGCACACAGCCAUACCAGGCUACAAAUAAGAACUUGGAGGAACCCGACGAUGACAAUAUAGCGGACGACCAUGCUGGACGAGUGCAGCCGAGGGAUAACAAUGAGAAGUUCAGCAAACAUAACAACGAAGAUGAAGAUGACACACCAGAGGAUACCACAGAAGGCGGAUUACAGAUGACCACGGAUCCCAAGAAGGCCAGGAAGUCUAUGAAGAAGUGGAGCGCAGACGGUACAGAACGAGAGGUCACAGAUCCGGUUACACAUCUGCCCGUGACCAUUCACGAUUACACAGAAAAAGACUUGAAGAUGACACCCAAGAAUGGCCCUACCGCAGGCACGGAGGCCAGGUCUGCUACUGGUGCCUUUGCUAUGAACAAGUCCGACGAAGAACUUCAAGAAGAACAAGAAGAGUCUCAAGAUGCGCAUAGCGGCAUGGACCCUCUUUUCCCAUCUCCCGACUUCGCUAUGACACGCGAAGGUAUCACCGACGCCUAUCGCAAAGCUAUAACAGCUGGACUUGGACUGGUCAGCGCAAGUAUAAUUACAGUGGUAGCACUUUUCCAGUUUACAAGUGGCUUUUCGGGCUGGUCGAGGGCCUUCUUCACUUUACUUGAGGUGGCCGUCAGCAUUGGUGUCUCGGCUGCUGUCAUCAUGGGCACACGCCAAUGGACGGAAAAUAAAAUCAAUGAUGUGUGGGAGACCGAGGUUUGGCAGGCCGAAAGAGAGAAGGGCCAGAAGCUGGUCAAGACGAACAUUCCGGAAAGCGCACAAUGGCUGAACUCAUUCUUGGCCUCAGUCUGGCCUCUGAUCAACCCCGAUCUGUUUACAAGCAUAUCAGAUACCCUCGAAGAUGUCAUGCAAGCCAGUUUGCCGAAGAUGGUUCGUAUGGUCUCUGUAGACGACAUCGGUCAAGGCAGCGAAUCGUUCCGCAUCCUGGGUGUCCGAUGGCUACCUACAGGUGCAGCAGCAAGGUCUGUGAAUGAGGACGGCAAGCUCAACAAGAAAAGCGACAAAGACAAGGCGACAAGCGACCGGACAGUCCCAGGCGAAGGAAACGUUGAUGACAAUGCGGAAGGAAAGGAUGAGGACGACGACGGACAGGAUGAUGGAGUUGCAGAAGGCAUGGAAGCUGAAGAAGGUGACUUCGUCAAUAUGGAGAUCGCAUUUGCAUAUCGUCCGUCGACUGGACGGAAACGCAUGAAAGACCGUGCCAAGAAAGCGCACUUCUACAUGGCUUUCUACCUGCCCUCCAACAUCAAGCUUCCUGUCUGGGUCGAAGUCGAGGGCUUCGUGGGUGUAAUGCGUAUGCGACUCCAGCUCACUCCAGAUCCACCUUUCUUCUCUUUGUGCACCUUUACUUUCCUCGGACAGCCAAAGGUCGAUAUAUCUUGCGUUCCGCUACUCAAGCAGGCACCCAACUUGAUGGACUUUCCGCUUAUCUCCCGCUUUGUUCAGUCAUCGGUCGACGCUGCUAUGGCUGAGUAUGUGGCACCGAAGUCACUCACUCUGGAUCUGAAGGAUAUGAUGAUGGGCGACGACUUCAAGAAAGACACCAAUGCGCGUGGCGUUAUCGUGGUUACUGUCAAGCGCGCUUUCGACUUCAAGGAAGGAGAUGGUGGAAUUGGUCCGAUGAAGGGCUCAGCCGAUCCAUACGUGAGCGUGGGCUGGGCUAAGUUUGGCAAACCCAUGUGGUCGACACGUGUCCAGACGAAGAACAUGGAGCCCCACUGGCAUGAGACUUGCUAUUUGCUGGUGACCUCAGAUGAGCUGAAUGUAGACGAACGUCUGAGGCUGCAACUCUGGGACGCAGACCGUAUGUCUGCCGAUGAUGAUCUAGGCCGGUUCGAAGUGGACGUCAAGCAAGUGAUGAAGGAUAAGGCGACGAAUGGAAAGAUGCAUGACCGUGAAGAUGGAUUUCAGUCUCUCAAGAAGGGUGAGGGAAUGCCGGGCAAGCUGUGCUGGAGUGUCGGUUACUUCUCCAAGACGAGGAUUACCGACGAUCAGCUCACUGCUCAAGAGGAGGACCCGGAUGUUAAGGACAUUGAUCAGCUCAAGAAGAAGGUGUAUGAGGAGAGUGAACGCAAGUUGCGGGAGGCGAGCAAAGACGAGAGCGAUGAAAUUGAGCAGCAGAAGGCGCAAGACUUUAAGGCACGGCAAGACGAUCUCAUUAUUGCGUCACCACCGUCGCCAAAUUAUCCUUCCGGCAUCCUUAGUGUCGUUGUCCACCAACUCACGGGCUUGGAACUGUCGACUCUGAACAAGAAGAAGGUAGACGAUGACGCUAGCGAAGAAGAAGAAGAAGGCGAUGAUCUUCCCUCUGCCUACUGCACCAUCAUCCUCAAUCACCAGAAGGUUUUCAGGACACGAACCAAACCAAAGAAUUCCAAACCGUUCAUGAAUGCUGGUUGCGAGCGGUUCAUCCGUGACUGGCGCAACACCGAAGUCCAUGUCUCAGUACGCGAUGCACGUGUGCAUGAGGACGACGCUCUCAUAGGCGUUGUGUAUCUACCAUUGUCGAGAGUUCUCAAACAUCGCAGUCAACUCGUUGCCAACUUCCCCAUCGCUGGUGGCGUCGGUUACGGUCGCGCUCGCAUCUCGAUCGUGUUCCGGUCGGUGCAGCUUCAGUCACCUCCAAGGAUGUUGGGCUGGGAUUAUGGUACGCUGGAGAUUCAACCGCUUGUGAAAGCUAUCGAUAUGCCACACGAUCUCGAAAAGCUAAGGAUGAAGAUUCGCACGAGUCUCGCGCGUGGCAAGUUGCACUCCGGCACCCAAGACAGCGAAGCAAACCAACACGAUGGCCACACCGUCUGGAAAACUAAGCGCGACCGUCCCAUCCGCCUACCAGUACGCAAGCGCUAUGCUUCGCCUGUCAUCGUCGAGUUCCGGAAAGACUCUGCGCUCUCCGAUCGCACCCCGGCCUUUGCGAUUCUUUGGCUCAAGGAUAUAUCCGACAACCAGGAGCAGAAUGUUCGCUUGACCGUCUGGAAGGGUGACCUCAGCCGCGCAGAGAACAACGUCCUCGAAUCAUACGGCGAGAAAGUUGGCGAAAUCGAGCUUACCAUGACUUUCUGGUCUGGCCUCUCCGGCUACCACCAACCACUCGCGAAAAAAGACCGCCAUAUCGGCCAAGUCCUAGAGGUGCUCGAUGCGUGCAACGACAACGAUGACAUGGACUGGAACGACGGAUCCGACUCGGACGGCAAUUCCGACACAUCGUCAUCAGACGAGUCAAAUUUCGUGCCGAGCAUCCUGCACCCGAACUCUAACAGUGAUCCGGACAACGAUGGAAAGAGGGGCUUGAGGGAUCAGAUCGUGGAUUACAAGAAGAAUGCCAAGCAAUUGCAUCGGAGCAACCGGGGGGCCAUGCAGUGGAAGGGCCCCAGGACGCUUGCAUAUCUGAAGCAUUUGGCGGAGCGGGGAGAGAACAAGGUGGAGGGGCUGUUCAAGCACAAUGAGAAGAAGUUCCAGGGCAUUGAGACGGAGGCGUAG